UCGACCCAUGACUAGCGCCACUAAUUAGUCCAAGCCUCGGGGGUGGGUUCGUGUGGUAGACCCAGUUGGUCGGGGAAGUGAGAUAGAGGGUGUUGUGCUCACGAAGGGGGGAGGGGGGGAUGAUGACUGUUGACACAGUGGCCAAGUGUUGUCAAGUCAAAGUGUUGUCAGGAUGGAAGGUUCUUGCUGAUGACGUGCCGCCUGAAGACGCAGAAGAAAGGGAAUUCGUGCCUGAAUUUGGCCGACUUUGUGUGGCCGCCGUUUGCUGCCGCCCGAAACGGCAAGGGGCGGCGUGCGUGGAUGCCUGGUUUCCCAGGCCGCCACUUGAUCGGCAGAAGACAUGCACUGAGUCUAUUGAUCUACAGAUGGCUGCCAUCUUGCUAUCUUCCUCCCUUUCUUCUUCUUCUUCUUCUUCUUCUUCCUCUUCUUCUUCUUCUCCCCCACAACCCCCACAGCUUCUUUCGCUCUCCAACCCCUGCCAUAAUUACUACCAUUCAUGGCACGGCUACGUCUCCCAUGAAUCUCAACCAUCCUCAACCAUCUCAUCAAUACCACAGUCAAAGCAGUUACUUCUCGAUUUCCAACACCGACUGCCUCGUUUUUGUGAUAACUCUGAAAUGAAAACGCUGUUAAGACCGCUGCCCAAGUCCUAGCCGAGGAGCCAGAGAAUAUAAGUACUUGCCCUCUAGUAUUAUGAUAUGGCUGACUACGAAGGUUUGUGGGGAGUAUCGUCUCAUGGCGGGUACUAUAUCGACAGG